UUGACGGUGAUCUCUUUGUCAAUAUCGGUGUAUGCACGCUUUGAGAGCUAUCGGUGUAUGCACGCACACGCACACUCACACAGUCGCCUUUUUUGUGUAUCUCUUAUUCAACUGAUACCGCAUACGAAAUGCAUUUUUUUUUAUCGAAAAUCCAUUUUAAACCCGAAAUUCCAAUGAAAUUCCAAAAAAAUUCAAUUCACUUAACAUUGUCUGAAAUUUUAAUUUAUGUUUAUCAUCGUUGAUUGCGGCGCAUUCCAUUUAUUCCGUGCAGCGGUUCGGUUUAUAGUCAUCUCUUUCAUUUACGUAAUCGGUUCAAACACACGAAAAUACGUACAACCGCACGACAUUGAAUCACAAUGACAGAUGCAAAUACGUCAUCUCAUUGUCGCUUGAAAAUAACAAAAAAGACCCUCAACUACAUGGAUUUCAUGGAAAGCAACACUUUGGAAUAGAUUGAAUUUUAUCACCUUGCACACUGUGUGUGAUCAUCAUCAUAAAGUAAAUAGAGUGAAAAGAUUCUCGUUCACAUUCGCAGUGACUGUGACGAGUUAUCAGUCAUUGGGCUCGGAAUUUUGUGCACAUUUUGCAGAACGAUCGAGCAGAAAUUGUGUUACGAUGAAUUGGGGUGCACAUUUACGAUGAGUUCAUUACUUCACUGAGACAUUGUUUUGCCUGAACAACUGUGACAGCUCGAAUUGUGUGUCUGUGUGUUUUUCUUUUCAUAUGCGUUUUGUCGCUUGAAUGUGACCAAGAAAGUAAACUAAUUUAAUUUAAGUUCCUUCAUUUUGUUGUCAUUGUACGCGUUUAAGUUAUUUCUAAUACGUCUAUGUGUGUUUUUUUUAAAGUUCAAAUAAAUUUGUUGCCUGAGAUUUAAACGAAACAAAAAAAAAUCAAUUUGUAAGAUAACAGUUAAGAGAAAACAAAAUCAUGUCGCAAAGUCAUUUUAACUAUAUGAGCGGAGUGCCUGUGAAAAUAGCUGAAAGCUAUAAACCUCCGAAAAAAUUGGCUUUGACACAAAGUGUAUCGCAACGUCUAUCGACAUCGUCCAGUAUUACAACGCAAUUGCUCGAAAAGAGUACGUACGAUUUUACUUUGGAGCGAACGAUGUUAGCCAAAAUGUCCGAAUGGCAGCACAUGAGACAGCAUGAAAACUGUGAUAGAAAAGAGCGAUUGCGUCUGUAUCAGCAGGAGCGACAGAGUUUAUUUGAUGCGAAGCAAAAGCAAAUGUUGACGGCUGUCUCGUAUCCCAGCACCGAUGAUUUAUCAUCCGACGAUGAUGGUGAUGACAGUGGCCAUGGUACGUCAUCGAGUGAUGCAUCCAAAUCGGCUGUUCCGAUUCCGGCGGUACAAUCGAAAGGGCCACAACAACAGUUCAGUCCACCAAACUAUUUCAACAACAUUUUAGUUCCGACCGUGAUGCCAGGCCAAGCAAAUACGCAGAUCAAGCAAAAUAUUAUCUCAACCAAAACUCCACACUAUUCGAAGAUCAAUUUUCAUGAGUUUGAAAGUGACAAUUCCAGCCCGUUCGAUAAUGUGGAACUGAAAACCAUUAACGAUUUGGACAUUUUGGCCGAAGUGUGGAACACGUCGGUAGCGAUAAAUAAUCCCGGCUCAAAUGCUAAAGACAACACUCCGACGAGUGAUGAGCCAUCGUCGAAAAUCAAUUCAACAAUGAAUACCAGCGAAUCGAAUCAAUUACCAAAUCACACCUAUCAACCGGUGUUGAAUUCAAACUCAUUUCAUCCAGGAGCGUUAAAUGCGCAGCAGCAAAACCAAACAAAUAGCAAACAUAUGAAGCAUUCCGUUGCGGCAGCUACCAACUCAACGAUUCCAAUUACGAAUAGCUAUUAUGUAAACCAAGUCCACUACAAUCAUCACAUCGAUCCGAAUCAAACGUAUUCGUUAGGCAACCAAACGUAUAUCAAUACCACAACUAUCAACAAUAAUCCAUCGUAUGCGAUCGCCCAACAUUCAUUCGCCCCCAACAAUUACAUAAAGGCAGUUUACAAUGGUCAAAGGCCAGCACCGGCCAAUGUUACUGCUUUCGCAGCCGCUACUCCUGCUGCUCAUACCACAUCGGUGUAUGGUGAUAAAACUGUGAUAACAAAUAGCAUCCAAGCGAAAUCGAAAUCAAAAAGCGUACCGGACAUUGUGCAAGAAAUUAACGCCGAAAUCCAGAACUCACAGGGCAGACGAGUGCGUAACAAUAGCCAAAGCGAAAAUAAAGACACGGCACCGACGAGCCAAAAUACUUCUGACUCAACAAACUCAAUCGAUGCGAAUCCAAUUUACAGUAAAUUAUCCGUUUCCUCUCGAAAUUUAGCCAGAAAUAUCAGUUCGAUGGGAUUUCCACUGGAGCAAGUAGCGCGAAUAACAGAGAAAUUGGGCAAAGAUGAUAAAAAGAUAAUCGAGCAUUUGAUACGUUUGGGCGAAUUAUUGGAUUUAGGUUUUGAGGAGCAACAAAUUUCAGAUGCAUUGCUUAAGUUUGAUAAUAACAAGGAAAAAGCUCUAGAUUUUCUAAUUUCGUAGUAUAAACCGUCGAUGGAAUCGAUUCGUGUUUACUCUUUGAAGUGCAUUAGUUAUUUUUUUAAAGAUAAAAAAAACAAUCACGAACCUUUCGAAAUAUUCACGACAAAUUACUGUCGGCGCACCUUACCUAUACCUAUACCUUUACACAUACACACAUACAUACAUACACCAUACACCAAAAAUAAUUUAUUGAAUUGUACAGCUUGCAUCGGGCAUUUAUGCAGUAAAUAAGUUAUUAAAACGCUUAGCUGAUGCUAAUGGAUAACGAAAUAUACUUACUUAGGGUGAA